AUGGCCACUACUGCUGUGUUGUCCCCUGCCGCCUCUGUUCCCCUCAGCAUCCGAGACCACAACUUCAUUGCCGCUAUCAGGGACGCGUAUUUUGCUUUCGAAGGCUUAACGCAGCACCCCUUUGAUUUUGUGAGCUACCUCUACGGCCACUGCCCAGAGCUCAUGAGCAUCGACGGUUGCGCGAAAGUAAUUUCGGAUGACGCUACUUUGGCGCAUUUCGACCAAGCUCGACAGGAGAGACUAGUGGACAUCGACCUUGGCCAUCAGCUCCUGAAGAUGUCUAUGAUAUCCAAGAUGGUUUUCAGGACGCGCCUCCGCUGGGUGACGGAGGCGCCCCCAACGUUCGGAAGGCGCAACCGCAUUUCGAACGUGAUGCUACGGACCGCACGAGGAAAGCCGCCGCCGGUAGGAUCCGCCGAGACGGGGGAUGCGGGAGAGCUCCUGCGCGCACUAAACGGUGGCGGCAUGGACGACCUCAACGAGAAAACCCUGGAUGACCUGAAGAACAUCUACAGACUCUGCUUCCCCGGUGGAAGGGGAAUCAGCGCGUACACAAAGAAGGAAGAUUUCAUCGGCUGCUUCCAACAGCUUUGGAGGUUUGCGCUUGGACCGGAUGAAGCGGACCGUUGCUCCAAGGUGUUCAUCGUCCGGCCAUCGGGAAAGACGGCUGGAGUAGAAGGGCUGUUCACCCCUGACGGAGUAACGUUGUGGACACCAUGCGGCACCUGGCCGUGA